CCAAAUAGUUUUGCAGUUCAUGCUUACCAAUUCGAGCAAUGAAUUGCUCCAUGAUCAGAAGUACUAAGAUUUCUCGAAAAAUCUAAAUUUUAUCGGUAAAUUUUCUGUAUUAGACACUUUUAAAUACUAAUAAGUGAAUGAAAUGCCACCCAAAAAGGCACCUGUUCCCAGUAAAAAAGCGGAUCAGAAGAAAAAGGAAAAAGUUAUUGAGGAUAAAACUUUUGGUAUAAAAAACAAGAAAGGUGCCAAACAACAGAAAUUCAUACAGCAAGUAGAGAAGCAGGUAAAAUCAGGUGGUGUUAAUCCACGGAAAUUAGAAGACCCUAAUGUUAAAAAGCUUGAAAAAGAAAAAAAAUUAAAGGAGCAGAAAGAAUUAGCUCUCAUAUUUAAGCCUGUGCAAUCACAAAAAAUAGAUAAAGGAACUGAUCCCAAAUCGGUAGUGUGCGCAUUCUUCAAACAAGGACAAUGUACAAAAGGCGACAAAUGCAAAUUUUCUCACGAUUUAAGUAUAGAAAGAAAAGCAGAGAAACGGUCAUUAUACUGUGAUAUGAGGGAUGAUGAUAAAGAAACUGAUACAAUGGAUAAAUGGGAUGAAGAUAAGUUAAAAGAAGUAGUAGAAAAGAAGCAUGGCGCCAGUGGUAAUCGUCCAACCACUGAUAUUAUUUGUAAACAUUUUUUGGAAGCAGUGGAAAAAGCAAAAUAUGGAUGGUUUUGGGAAUGUCCAUCUGGACAAAAAUGUAUUUACAGGCACGCAUUACCACCUGGUUUCGUACUCAAAAAAGAUAAGAAAAAGGAAGACAAAAAGGAUGAAAUUUCUUUAGAAGAUUUAAUUGAAAAAGAACGUGCCAACUUGGGACCAAACCAAACUAAGAUAACAUUGGAGACAUUUUUGGCAUGGAAGAAAAGAAAACUAAAAGAGAAGAAAGAGCAAGCUAUUAAGGAUGAAGAAAGAAGACGAAAUGAUUACAAAGCUGGUCGUCAAGUUGGUAUAUCUGGCAGAGAAAUGUUCUACUUUAAUCCUGAUCUUGCAGCUGGAGAUGGUAUUGAUGAUGGAGACGAAGCAAUAGAUAGUUAUGUCCGUGAAGAAGACGAAACAGAUGAAAGGAUUGAAUAUAGAGAGCUUGAUAUGGAUAGGCUUGCUCUUGAAGCUAGUGAAAGCGAUACUACUGGAAUAACUGUGGCUAGUUUAGAUCGGCUAAAAAAUAAUGAAGUUACGAACAAUGAAGAUUCUAGUGUUACUUUAGGCGAGGGUGCAGCUGCGUUAACAAUUAAUGAGAACCUGUUUAAGGAGGAGGAUUUAGAAGGUUUAAUAGAGGAAUUAGAAGAUUUGGAUUUAGAAGAGUUAUCUAUAUAUUUUGCUUAAAUUCAUUCAUGUGUGAUGAAUGUGUCUUCAUUUCUCUGUACUCUUAUGAUACAUAUAUUAUCAGCAUAUUAUUCACAUAUUCACUAGUUCCAAGUGUGCUGUCUUGUAUAUUGUUAUUUACAUUUUAUUUGCAAGCAGUAUAUUUACACAUAAUGUAUAUAUAAAGAGCUGGUCUCGUGCAAAUCACAUUGAAUUGUUUAAUGUAUUUUACUGUAAUUAUGAUUUAAAAUUUUUAACGAUUAAAAGUAUAGUUUACCAUCUUUUAUUACAUCUGUAAAUUGCUUAACGUUUAUUACCUUGUGAAUUGUAAAAAGUAUGAAGUCUCAUCUUUAGUAUGAAAGUAAUUAAAACAUUAAUGUAGUCAGUUUGAUUUACUUUUGACAAUGUAUAAUUUUAGGCGAUAGCUAAAAUGCAAGUUUAGUUCAAUGACGAGACUAGCAAAUGAAACAAAAUAUAUUUUCACAAAAAUAUUUACAUGUAUAAUUAGUGAGAAGAUUGAGCAGUUGAGUAUUAAUUUAUAGACUUUGGUUUACUUCAACUUUUAUAACGUUCGCGUUAUGUAUUUAUACACGCGGUAUGUAUAAAUAAACGUAAAUACACAAAAACUUA